AUGCGUGAAGCCGGAUCGAUUGAUGACGCCCUGAUCAUUGUCGGCUCGCUGACGCUGCUCCUCGGCAGCUUCGGGCUGGUCAUCUGCCACAUCAGCAGGAAGCGGUGUUGCCGGAAGGACGAGGAGGCAGGCAUCACCCCGAGUGCCCAGCAAGCCCAACUCCCCGAGACGCCUCAAUCCCCCGAUGCUUCCCCAGCCCCCAUCAACUCCGGCGAGGUGAUUAGCGGCAGCCAGGAGCGCGAGACUCCAGCCGCAACGCCCACAGGCAAGCAGGCGGGCGGUAGUCAGCCGAGCAGCGCCGAAGCUGAUCAGGACCCGCAACGGAGGGUAAUCGAAGCCCUCAAAGCGGAGCACAAAUCGCAGCGGAAUGUGAAGAAGCAGACUAAGAAGCCCAAGGAGCGGACCAAGGACCGGGCCACGCUCGUCACCGCCGACUCGCGCUCGCGCACCUGCGACGUUGGAGGGAUGACAACCCAAGAAGCGACCCGCGAUCACUCGAAGCACUCGAAACACUCAAAGCUGAACGCCAUCUCAAAGUCGAGGAGCCGAAAAGGCGGAAAAACCGUCACCGAAAAGACGAUGGUGUCCAAGCGGAAGCCGCGUGCCCGCCUCGGCAACAAGCUCGAUCUGCUCGCCGAGCAGGAGCGCUUCAUCGACGACAUGACGACGACGGUGGCC